GGGGUGUAUCUCUGGAACUUUUCUGGGCCCUGGUGGGGGGAGUACACUGUGAGAGAAAGAGGAGGAGGGAGUGCUUGCUCUCCAGAAGUAAUUUGAUCUUCAGGCUCUGCCUCCUGGGUCUUCAAGGGAUUGGUGGCUGCCUGGCAGCGGCUGGUCCCAAACAAAAGAGUCCAGCUCCAGCCUCAGUCCCAGCCUCAGUCUUUGCUCUAGCCUCAGCCCCUGCCCCAGCCCGGUCCUUGCUCCAGCCCCAGUCGGAGUGUGGUGGAAACCAGGCCAGCUCCUCUGGGUGCUUGGGCCACCUCCCAAAAUGAGGGACCUGUUUUCCACCCGGAAUCAGGCCUACUGGACGGAGCUCAUUGAGAAGGAGGCUUACAGUCGGGUCCAAUGGAGGACUAAGUUUGCCCAUAAGUACCAACGAGUUCCGGGCCCCCAGAAGACACAGCAGCCCCCCUGCCCGUGCCCAGCUCCGGAGCCACACCUGCUGCCUCCCAUCAGCCCCACCAGGCCGGAGUGCCCGGGGGCCAGCAGCUCCCCAAGAGAAGAGGGCAGUGUCCAGGCUCCCCAGGAAGGGGACCCGAAGGGGCAGGGGGAAGAAGCCAAGGUCGAGGCCUUCCUGCCCGAGAUGAGACCUGCCACCCCUAAGACGGGGCAGCUGCUGUAUCAGGGCAUCUCGGGAGAGGGACAAGGGAGGCGCCUGUACCUGCAGACGCGCUGGCAGCAGAAGCCGGAGGACAAGUUUCGGUAUCCGGUCUUGUCGUCCUGGGACUACGGAUGGGCCAUAGGGGAUGCGAUGAAGAAUGCCAAGGCUCCAGUUCAUGCCAGAUCCCGGCUUAUCAAGGACACUUUUUACUUCCGUAAUGGGGUCUUUCACCAACCAUCUAGGUCUGACCAGCGGCUCUAAGUUCCAGAAGGAAAGAACGCCACUUGGGGCUCAUCCUUCAGACCAGUCGAAGUUUGGCCCAGUUAUUCUUGAGUUUAUUCCCCCACAGCUAUGGUUCCUCCGGCAAAAAACCAAACCCACAAAACACCCAAGGAAUUGUGAGUUCUCCGUAUGAUUGCUCCUGAUCUCCUGGUCCUGAUUUGUGUUAACACUGAAUCCAGGCCUGUCUCUUUCACUUAAUCUGUUUAUCAUCAAACCAAUGGCCAAAGAUUGUCAGUUCUCAUUUGUUUUGUUACCCAAUGCAAACAUUUGGAAGCCCUCCUCUAAGCCAGGCCAGAGCUGGAAGCCUCUACAGAGGCACCCCUCUUCCCCUGACCUUUCACACAAAAACAACUUCGCCAAAGGUUCCUCCAGAUCCAAAAGAUUAAAGACCAAAUCCUUUCCUUAAAGAGGUAGGAUGGAAAACAGUUCAUUGCUUCAACAAGUCUGUAGUAAACAAGAUCUAGUUUGCUAAAGUAAUUUUUUUUUUUUGCAUUGGAUUUUCUUUUUCUUUUUUUUUCCCCCUUUUAUGUUUUGUAUCAAAUUUUCUGCAGGAUUUUCCUCUUUGGGUCUCAAUAGGGGAAGCUAUCGGAGACUUUGGAAGGACUUUUAGUCAAAAAAUCCUCUCUGAUUUUCUUGGUCUAGCCUUUAUUCCAACAGGCUUUUGUUAUCCUAAUUAUGUCCCCUUAUCCUGCCUGGUACUCCUUCCCUUUUCUAGAAUCUUCUAGACCUACAACCUCCUGAUUAGCAAAUUAAGUUCUAGGGAGGAGAAAUAAUGGCCAAUGUCUCACAGAUUGUAAGCAUUAGAGAUAGGAUUUGAAACUAGGUCCUUUGACACCAGACCCAGCAUUUUUUUCACUGGAGGAUGUAAUUUCAAGUUUUUUUGAUUAAUAGGGAAAGACUUUUUCUUUCCAAUAUCCAGCCUCUCUCCCUCCCCACCUCCCCAAAAAAUUCUCUAUUUCUCAUGGCAAAUCAGAGAAUCACUCUCACAUUCCAGUGAGCCAUAAAACUCCAGGGGGCUUAUCUCAAGUGCCUGAGUAUUGCUCACUAUCUCUUGUCCUAGACUCACUGUCUCCUGCUCCCCAAUCUUCUUGACCCCCAUCCUGUCAGGACUAAAGUUAUGAUCCUUUCCUGAAAUUAUGCCCCAUCCUGUCAGGACUCAAGUUAUGAUCCUUUCCUGAAAUUAUGCCCCAUCCUGUCAGGACUCAAGUUAUGAUCCUUUCCUGAAAUUAUGGUUCGUCCACUCACCCAGUGUUCUGCCCCUCCUUGCCUAAGUUUCCCUGAUAACUGGAGCCCUAUAAAAGUCUCUGGACUUAAUUGCUUGCUGCUGGAUGCUUUCAGACAAGUGUCCCAUUCAGCUGCCUAGGGGUCGGACAUCUUUUGGACAUGAUUCGACCACUAGCCCAAAUUCUCUAUUAUUAAAAUAUUAAAAACUAA